GUGGUGCCAGUGAACGGAGCGGUAGAGAUACAGCUACGAAAAUGAUCGCUGUAGCGAUAAUUUGUGUCGGUUUAGCCGUAUUUAUAUUAAAAUAUGUCUUCAGCGGCUCCGGGCCAAAUCCCUUCGAGAAGGACACUCGUGAACCGUUGAAAAAGAUGGUUCACGACCGGAAGGAGAAGAAUAAAGUGCUGAAGCAAGGUUUUCUGGCCAGUAAAGUACCCGACAACCUGGAUGCCAUCAUCAUCGGCAGUGGGGUCGGUGGACUUGGCCUUGCGGUGCUGCUGGCCAAAGUUGGAAAGAAAGUCCUGGUUCUGGAGCAGCAUGAUCGGGCUGGAGGAUGCUGCCACACGUUCACUGAGAAGGGUUUUGAGUUUGAUGUUGGGAUCCACUACAUCGGUGACCUGCUGGAUCACAAGCCGUUCCGCUGCAUGCUGGACAGCUUAACUAACGGACAGCUGCAGUGGGAGCCUCUGGACAAUCCCUUUGACGUUGUAGUGCUGGGACCACCAGAAAACCGCCGCAAGUACCCCAUCUACAGCGGCAGGACCCGCUACCCAGAGGAGCUGAAAAAGUGCUUCCCUGGAGAGGAGAAGGCCAUCGAUGAGUACUUGAAGCUGGUCAAGAAAGCCAGUCGAGGCAUUUGGUUCGUCGCUCUGCUGAAGCUCUGCCCCGUCCCCGUGGCCAAGUUCUUGGUCUACACCGGCCUGGCCAAACGUCUGUCCUUCUUCAUCAAAAUGGCGCACCGCAGCCUGACAGAGGUGGUCAACGAACUGACGGAGAACAAGGACCUCAGGGCCGUCUUCACCUACAUUUUCGGCACCUACGGUAACAGGCCGGAGGAUUCCAGUUUUUCCAUGCACAGCUUGCUGGUCACUCACUACCUGAAUGGCGCCUGGUACCCAAAAGGUGGAGCCAGUGAAAUUGCCUACCACAUGAUCCCCAUCAUUGAGAAGGCAGGCGGUGCUGUUCUAGUCCGAGCCCCAGUCAACCGCAUCUUGUUCAACGACGCCAAGGAGGCUUGUGGUGUGAGCGUGAUGAAGGGCCAAGAGGAAGUACAUAUCCGUGCCCCCAUGGUCAUCUCUAAUGCUGGCAUCUUCAACACCUACGAGAAGCUGCUGCCCAAAGAGCUCCAGGCCAUGCCAGCUAUCCAGAAGCACCUGAGUAUGGUAAAGAACGGUGACGGAGGCCUGAGUGUGUUUGUGGGUCUGAAUGGAACCAAGGAGGAGCUGGGCCUGAAAGCCAACAACUACUGGAUCUUUUCAGAGAACAAUUUCGAUGAACUGGUGGUGAAGUACCUGAAUGGAAAGAGGGAAGAAUCGUCUCAGUGUGUACCACUGCUGUUCGUCGGCUCUCCGUCGGCUAAAGAUCCAACCUGGGAGGAGAGAUCACCAGGGAAGUCCACCAUGAGUCUGGUGAGCUUUGCCAACUACAAGUGGUUUGAGGAGUGGAAGGAUGGCAAAGUGACCAACAGAGCAGCGGACUACAAAGAGCUGAAAAAGGCAUUCAUUGACUCUAUUCUGGACGUGGUUUUGAGCGUCUUCCCAAAGAUAACCAGAGACAAGAUUGAGUACAUUGACGCUGGAACCCCCCUCACAAACACAUACUACAUCGGAGCCCCCAAGGGUGAAAUCUACGGAGCGGAUCACGGCCUCGCCCGUUUCACCCCUGAACUCACCGCUGCAUUGAGACCUCAGACUCCACUGAAGAACCUCUAUCUGACAGGUCAGGAUCUGUUUGUGUGCGGCUUCGCCGGCGCGCUCGCCGGAGCUCUCACCUGCGGCUCGGCCAUCCUCAACCGCAACCUCCACCUGGACGCCAUCGCCUUGGCAAAGAAAAACAAGUUUGUGAAUGACAAACUGAAGGGAGAGUAACUGCCCUGCAACACUGAGCUGAGUGGUGAUUCUAUACUGUAAUUAAUCAGUGCUGUCAAACCCAAAAAUCCUGUAUAAGGAGGCUCAAAGCGCCGCAGCACCAACUCUCAGAUCUCUUCAAACUAUUGAGUUAUUAUUGCUACACUAAGCACUAAGCUUUAAAACACGCAGACCAACAUUAAUUCAUGCUGGGAUACUUCAGUUUAGGGAGUAACACCAGCUGUGGGAUAUGACGCGUCUGUGUAAUGAGGCUGUUGAGCUUCCAACAGUCAACCUGCGCUAAUCAAAGCAAACAUGACCUCAGCUGCCGAUGCUUUUAUAAACCGCUUGCUAUGUUGAAAUUCAUAUGCGAUUUUAUUUGUGUGCCGGUUUAUUCUGAAAUGCCUUCUCUCACUCUCACUGCUGUGCCUGUGGUGUGUUUGGCUCGCUGUUUGUAAGUUUAACAACAGCGGCUCCCUCCAUAUUAAACGGUUC